UUUCAAAUAGUUUGAGCACUCCAGGCUUGAGUCUGUCUAGAGUGCUAAAUGGACAGGGUUAGCAUUUCCGGGUCUUCUCUAUUGGUUUAUUAAGCCAUGCAAGCUCAAACAGGCACAGAUAAAGUAUUUGUAAAGAUUUUUCAAGUAUUUGAAACCCAGGUAUGAAGCAUAUUAACAGCUAUGAAAACAGCGCCAGCAUGAACAAGAAGCUCUACCAUUUCCUCUGUGUCCAGAGGUAAGACCUGAGGGAAAAUGUUAAAACACUGAUUGUUAGUUAGUGGCCAACACAUCUUCAGCUCAGUCCACAACAUUGGUCGUGGGGGCUCAAACACAAACACCACCUAAAAUAGCAGAGAAACCUCACUGAAUGUUUAUUCUCCCCAACCACACAAAAAGGCAGGAAGGAAGUAAAGAGAAAACACGCCCCCUUGGUUUCUGCCAUGAAGUGGAUCUGAUUUUGACCAGAAAAUUCCCCCCUGAACGUACAGUAUAUUAAUAGCUUUAGGACAUGCAAAUAAUGUACAUACAAGCACAAAAAUGAAGACCGAAACUGAAUAGGAACAUAUUUUUCCAUACCUUCUAACUUGAAAAUUAUAGUUUCCAAUAAUGUGUAAUCAAAAUGUGUGUGACUUAAGUGGCAAAUUGAAGGUCAAACUAGGUUAAUGGAAACUGUUCCAGGAACUUUGGAGAAGUAGGAUGCUUAAAACCCAACAGUUUGUUUGAUGUUACCCAAGCUGUCAAUCUUGUGACUUAAGUUUAACACGAGUCAAUCUUGUUCCUCUAACAUUAGGCUAGUCAUUUUUUAUUAGUCAAGAAGAUCUUCAGUCACAAUAAACCCAUAACAUUGAAACAGCUGAGGGUCUUCCUGGGAAUGGCAUAAUAGAACACCAAGGGAUAAAACCAAAGUGAGAAAUGAACAAACUGUAAACUAUUAGGGUGUCUCCUCCCACUACAACGAAUCAGCAAAUAGCGGAUACCUUCUCCCACUACAACAAAUCAGCAAAUAGCGGCUGACACAGAGAUCAGGAAUUCAGUUUCAAGCCUGGACAGGAAAAACACUAUACACACACAAAAUGCAUACAGCCUCAUGGUUCAGUGUUAACACUAUCGGAGUGUGGACUUACAGCACAGUAGCCUGUCUGACCAUAUGAACCAGCAGUCUGGAUGGCCAGUUGAUCCUACUAGUUGAUCCUGCUAGUUGUUGAUCCUGCUAGUAGACAACUAGCCUAUAGCAGGUCUACUGAAGAACUAGAGGACUUUUAGUUGGAAUAAUACAGGGAUAAUCACGUGGAGGAGAUAGGAGAAAGACAUGGCAAACCUACUGUCUGGGAAACUCUUCUGUCUGUUGGUAGGACUGUCUCUCCAGGACAAUGAGGAGAAACUCAACAAGACAAAAAUAACGGUCCCAGAUGUGUUGAAACCAAAGACGUUCAACGGCAGGAGAUACCAGUCCAACUGUACAGCUGAGGCAGGGCCCCCCAACCAGGUCCUGCUGUCCCCUGGGGCCCCUGGGCUGGACGUGAGGCUGGAGGACCCUGCAGCAACCUACACCACGGGGCUCCUCAGCACCAGGCUCAUCCCCUCAGCCUACCUCCUAGCCAUGGCAGUGGGCGUCCCCUCCAACGCUUUCAUCCUGGCCUUCCUGAGGCUCCGGGUCAGGUCCUACUCCACGGCUGUCUUCUACCUGAGCCUGGCCCUCUCCGACCUGCUCCUCCUGCUCUCCCUGGCCCUCCGCAUCCACUACCACCUCAACGGAAACAACUGGGUGUUUGGCGAGGCGGCCUGCCGCGUCAUCACCGCCUGUUUCUACGGCAAUGUCUACUGCUCUGCCCACACCAUUGCGUGCAUCAGCCUUAAGCGCUACCUGGCCGUUGUGAGGCCCUUCCUCUACAGUCGGCUGCCCAAGAAGGCCUGGGCGCUGGGGGCAAGCCUGGGUGUGUGGGGCCUGUUUGGAGCAGCUGUGGUACCAGAGCUCCUGGUGAGGCAGAGCUUCCUGCUGCCCCGUAUGGGCCUCAUCACCUGCCAUGACAUACUGCCCCUGGAGGAGGACUCCCAUGCCCUGCUGGUUCCCUACAGGCUGGCACUGGUCUGUUUAGGGUUCCUUGUGCCAUUUGUGACCUGUGUCUGGACCCAUGUGGCGGUGGUGUGGCACCUGGGUCGCUCAGGCCUCGACUGGACACCUUUCAUCAGGGUCAGUACACUGGUCUUCCUCAUCUUCACUGUGUGUUUCGCUCCCAGUGGCAUCCUCCAUAUUGCCCACUAUGUGAGGCUGUCCACAAGUGGAGAGGACGGGAUGUAUGUGUACUCCAGUGCUGCAGUGUGUCUGUGCUGCUUCCACAGCUGUCUGGACCCCUUCCUGUGUGUGCUCAUGUCCAGGACAACCGCCUCCAGACUACGCUUCGCCAACUCAGAGACCUGCUGUUCUGGUGUAGAGACGCUGUGUGUGUGUGUCCCCACUGUACCUUCCCCCAGGACUACCAUUGUCAGAGCGCAGUGGGGGAGCCCAGAGAGGGUACAAGCAAACUACUGAAUAUAAAUAGGCAGGGAAGCUGUUGGAACAAUAUGCUGUAAAGAUGUGAACAGGGAACAGUUCUUCUUGUAAUCAGAACACAACAUGGGGGAGUUCUCAUAGCCCGCCAGCAAAAAAAGGCUCCAUUUACAUGUUGCUUAUUAUGGUUGAAUACUUUCCCGGUAUUUUACAAAUGUUCCAUC